AUGAGGGUGACUGACUUCGUUUUGCAGAGCUUCCGUGUAGCCAAGGUGUUCCCAGAGCAUACAGAAAAAAUCAACAAUUUUGACUACAGUCCCAGUGGCGAAUCAGUUGUCGCAAGUAGUAGUGAGGAUAUCAUCCUCACGUACGACUGUCAGGAGGGCAAACCAAAGUCAUGUUUAUACAGUAAGAAAUAUGGCGUAGACAUAAUCAAAUACACACGGUCACCAACCACUGUAAUAUACAGCUGUGACAAAAUAGAUAAUACAAUCAGAUACCUGUGCUUGCCUGAGUACAAAUACAUUAGAUACUUCCCUGGGCACAAAAAGAAAGUGGUGGCCUUAUCCAUGUCACCAAUAAAUGAUACUUUUAUAUCUGGAUCUCUGGAUAAAACCAUCCGACUCUGGGAUCUCAGAUCUCCUAAUUGUCAGGGCUUAAUGCGUCUCCAGGGAAAGCCAAUUUGUUCUUUUGACCCACAAGGGUUGAUUUUUGGAGCUGGGAUCGGUUCUGAAAUGCUUAAACUUUAUGAUCUUCGCUCUUUUGAUAAAGGGUCAUUUGCAGCCUUAAAAAUGCCAUAUGAAAAGAACUGUGAGUGGACAGACUUAAAGUUCAGCAAGGAUGGCAAACUCAUACUCUUGUGUACCAAUGGUAAAUUUUUCCAUGUGAUUGAUGCCUUUAAUGGCGUACCGAUGUAUACAUUUAGAGGGUAUAACAACAGCCAGGGCCUCGCAUUGGAGGCUUCCUUCACUCCAGAUUCUCAGUUUGUCAUGGUUGGCUCUGAAGAUGGCAAAAUCCAUUUCUGGAAUGCAGAAACUGGAAUUAAGGUGGCUGUGUUGAAUGGCAGACACAACAGCCCUAUAACCUGCUUACAAUUCAAUCCAAAAUUCAUGACCUUUGCCAGUGCCUCUUUUUACCUAGCAUUCUGGCUGCCUGAUAUUGAUGAGGAAUCCCUCCUCUAA